UUAUAUUUAUAAAUAGUGCCGUGCUGGGCAGCGAAGCGUUCUUGGAAUAUGAUGGCACAGCGCAGUUUUGGGAUAUUUUUUGGAGUAGUAACUAUUCUUGGGCAAUUAAUGGUUGAGGUGCAGUGUAAUGAGGAGUCAGAGCUGAUCGCCCACUUGUUCAAAGACUACAAGAAAAACAUACGACCUGUGGUUCAUCCUGAGGACAAGCUGACGAUUCAGAUUAAGAUGACCCUCACUAACCUUAUCUCACUGAAUGAAAAGGAAGAGACUCUUACGACCAACGUGUGGAUUGAGAUUCAAUGGGUGGAUUAUCGCUUUAUGUGGAACACCUCUGACUAUUAUGGCAUUCAUACUAUUCGUGUCCCGUGCAACACAGUGUGGCUUCCUGACAUUGUCCUUGAGAACAACAUUGAUGGCAAGUUCGACGUGGCUUACUAUGCCAAUGUGUUGAUCAGCAGCACUGGGUCGAUGUACUGGCUACCUCCUGCUAUCUAUCGGAGCACUUGUGCCAUCGAGAUCACCUACUUCCCGUUUGACUAUCAAAACUGCACGCUAGCAUUCCGAUCCCAGACUUACAGUGCCAAAGAAGUGGAACUGAUUUUGGCUGUAGAUGAAAAGGGACAGACUAUUGAGUGGGUGGACAUUGACCCAGAGGCUUUCACAGAGAAUGGCGAGUGGGCCAUUGUCCAUCGUCCGGGCAGGAAGAUGAUCAACAAGCGGUACACCCCGGACGACCUGGAGUAUCAGGAGAUCCUGUACAACCUGAUCAUCCAAAGGAAGCCGCUGUUCUACAUCAUCAACAUCAUCCUGCCCUGCUCCCUCAUCUCCUCAUUGGUUGUACUGGCCUACUUCCUCCCUGCACAGGCUGGAGGACAGAAGUUGACUGUGGCCAUCUCCGUCUUGCUGGCUCAAACUGUCUUCCUCUUCCUUAUUGCUCAGAAAGUCCCUGAGACGUCUCUCUCCGUCCCUCUAAUUGGCAAGUACCUGAUCUUUGUCAUGUGUGUAACUACUCUCAUUGCUACCAAUCAAAUCGUGGUGCUGAACAUCUCCCUGCGCAGCCCCAGCACUCACACCAUGUCCCCCAGCAUCAAACAUGUGUUCUUGGAGAUGGUGCCUCGUUUCCUGGGCAUGUCCCCACUGGUGGACGACAGCGAGGUGACGACGGAGGUCAACGGAGUGAGGGAGCGACGGCGCAGCUCCUUCGGCCUCAUGCAGAGAGCAGAGGAAUAUGUGAUGAAACAACCUCGCAGUGAAAUGAUGUUUGACAAACAGAGAGCGAGGCACGGCCUAACCCGGUCUGUCGUGGAUAAUAUGGACGUCAGCAGCACAGCCAACCUGUACAAGAGUUUGGCCCAAGCUGCACCUGAGAUCAAGCAGUGUGUGGAUGCCUGCAACUUCAUCGCUGAGAGUACCAGACAACAGAACGACAUCGGAUCUGAAAUUGAAAGUUGGGUACUGAUCGGGAAGAUGAUUGACAAAGUUUGUUUCUGGGUUGCCGUUCUCCUCUUCAUGAUCGGCACGGUGGCGAUCUUCCUGACAGGACACUUCAACCAGGUGCCAGAAUUUCCAUUUGCUGGCCAGAGCAAGAAAUACACCCCGAAAUAAGAGAGUUAAAAAAAAAAAAAAAAAAAAACAUUUUCAUUCAGAGCUGUCUUGCUUCCAUGACUCGUCGGGUUCAGAUUCAGAGUUGAGUUAAGUCAUGCUUACAGCUCAGACCUGUAUUUGUGAACACUGUUAAUGCUGCUAAGGAUUUUUUAUACAAAUACGCAGCUUUUUUUUAGGUCUUCAUUUUGGUGUCUAAUCAUUUGGAUGUACUGUAUCGUUGGAUGAGGUCGAGCUUCAUCAUCAUCAUAGAAUAGAAUAUCAUUUAUCUGUUCUGUGAUAGAAAAGACUAUAGUUCUUAGGGGUCAUGGUUGAAAGUGCUUAAGCCCAUUUACCACCAUUCUGGGAGUGCUUUCUAUUGAAGCUUCCCAAAUCAAAUUACUGCAGCGUUGCGAUAUUGUGUAUUUAAUGCAGCCACAUGGACUAUAAAGAGCUAUAUUCAAAAAUAGCAAUCACAAAGUUUUACUGCUCGUCUUUCAUGGGCUUCAACCAUGUACCACACUAAAAUACAUAUCUACUUAAGUCUGGAUAAGUUGCCGUGCAUGUACUAUGUCUUAUAUAAAGAGCCUGUGCAUAUAACUCGAGCAAGCCUGCUCUGAAUCAAAGCCUUAUUCUUCUUACUAUGACUUAUUUAUUGGAAAGUCUUGUUAGAGGUAGAUGGCUCGGAAGGGAUAUCGUCUUGAUGUCAUUGUGCCAUGUUUUUAAAUAAAUGUUUUAUUUUGUGCA